AUGUAUGUAUAUGUAUAUACAUGUAACAGAAUUCACUUAAACACACUGUAAAGUAUUCACGAUAAGCGAGUAUCCUUCGUUCGGUAAUAAUCCCCUUUAAAUCGUGCGUGAUACAUAAAGUUAUCUUAUUUCGUGUUCUCAGUUAUAUUUACAAUACCAUGUAGAUUCGCAGACAUUGGUAAAAUUGCAAUUGCUCGAUAAUAGAACGCAAGUAUCAUUGAUACGAGGGUCAUAUUUUUGCGAACUCUUAUUCCUUUGGGAAUAAAAAAAGAUCGACUUUAAACGAUAAAUUUGGAUGCGGUUUAUAAAAAGUGAGAGAAUACGAGAUAGAGAUAGAGAAAGAGAGAAAUGUGUUUUCUCUCGUUGAGAAUAUGAAUAACCCUUCCGUUCUUUUAAAGUAUAACGAGGGUCACCCUUAACUAGACGUCGAAGUAUUAUCGAUAAUGGAAAGGGAAAGGGAGAGAGAAGAGAAAGGAGAAUAACAAGAUAAAAAAAAAAAAAAAAACGAAUGCGGAAACACGAAAAAAAGUAACAAUAUCCCGAAGCAAGAGAUAACACUUCGUGACAUUGAUAGAAGUAUAUAGGUGAGGAAUACAAGAACACAAGAAACGAAAGCGGAAUAAAUAGUGGUCUGAAAUCGAGCAGAAUUCAGUUGCAAUUUUGGUGUAUUAUCGUCGUUAACGUUUUUCUAUAAAUUAGAACGUAUUACGGGAGAAUCGCAAGGAAAGAAAAAAGGAAAAUCAAUGGAUCGUAAUAUAACACAAACGACGUGGAAUUAAAUAGAAAAAGAAAAAGGAGAUAUAGAGUAUCUUUUAGAAUUGAUAACACAUGAGAGACUCGUUUAACGAAGGAAUAAUUAUCAGGAUUAGUAGAAUUGUUUUUACUAAAUCAUGCUGCUAGUGACCCUUUUUCUUUACUUACUUUAUCCCUUAACGAACGUCAAUUCAAAUAGAACGAUUUGGCCGAAAAAAAGCUUUAACAUUUAUUGGAACAUUCCUACUCAUUUUUGUCACAACUUCGACAUCUAUUUCAAGGAGUUGAAAGAAUUUAAUAUCAAAUAUAAUUCUAUGAACAAUUUUCGCGGUGAAACGAUAUCACUUUUUUAUAAUCCUGGAAAUUUUCCAUCUAUGGUGCUACUUAAAAAUGGCACAUAUGAGAUAAGAAACGAAGGAGUUCCUCAAAAAGGUAACAUCACGAUUCAUCUUGAACAAUUUACCAAAGAAUUAGAUGAAAUAUAUCCAAAAAAGAUCGCCGGUGGUAUCGGUGUAAUUCAUUUUCAUAACUGGAGACCGAUCUUCCGACGCAACGUGGAUAAUUUGAAAAUAAAUAAGGAUAUUUCCAUAGAUCUUGUUCGUAAAGAACAUCCAAAAUGGGAUAAAUCGAUGAUCGAAAAGGAAGCGUCGAAUAGGUUCGAAACAUCUGCUAAAAUUUUUAUGAAACAAACUUUGAAAUUGGCGAAGGAAAUUAGGAAGAAAACUGAAUGGGGUUAUCACGGGUAUCCCUACUGUCUUAGCGGGUCAACUGAUAAACCGAGCUUCGAUUGUGACGCUCUAUCGAUGAGCGAGAACGACAAGAUGUCGUGGCUGUUCAAUAAUCAAAAUAUACUUCUACCAUCGAUUUACUUAAACAAUGUUCUGAAACCAGAUGAAAAAAUUCACCUAGUGCAAGAACGAUUGAAAGAAGCUAUAAGGAUCUCGAAAAAUUUAAAACAUUUACCUAAAGUGUUACCUUAUUGGUGGUACACGUAUCAGGAUAAAGAGAAUGUUUUUCUUACCGAGGCCGAUGUGAAAAAUACUUUCAAAGAAAUUCUUACUAAUGGUGCUGAUGGUAUCAUUAUAUGGGGUAUUUCGUACGAGUUAACCGAUAAAAAAAGAUGUGAAAAAUUGAAAGAGUAUCUGAUGAAGAUUUUAGGACCAAUUGCGUUUAAAGUGACAAAAGCUGUCAAAGAAAACACACCGUUAAACUUUUAAUCUCUUGGUGUAAUCUGUGAUAGUGAUCGAUUUGUUCAAUAAUGUUCUUUUGAAGUACUAUUGAUACUGCAACGAUACUAUCAUAUUGAAAAGUCUUUUCACAAAUAAACAAACAAACAAACAAAAAAUUAUAAUUUACAAGUUCGCAACGUUAACAACCAAAGAAAGAAAAUAAUCAAUGAUCUAAUUAGUAGAAAUGAACAUAUACCAAAGAAUCCAAUUUCUUUGCAACCAAAACAAGUAAAUGCAUUUUUUUCGCGUUAAAAAGACAAUCCUUUAAAGUAAAGUUUCAAGUACAGUAAUAUUCUUCGUUCCAAUAAAUCCGAAAAAAUCAAUUCAAAUUAAAAAGAAUUCUAGAAAGAGGAAGAAGAAAGACGAAAAUAAGAAAUACUAUGUUUGAGUGUAAAGUCUUUAGAAUUAUUUAACCAUUAAGGAGUUUGGAUCUUUGUGACAUUUCCUAUUCUCCAGUUUUGUUACCUUUUUCUUCUUCCUUUACUCCUCUUCUUCCUCUUUUCCUUCUUUCUCUUUGUUCUACUCGUGUCCAGGUAGCAAAUCGAACGAAGCUUACAGCAAACGUACUUUAGCACCAACAGACGACAAGUUUUACUGGUUCGAGCUGUAAGGUCUCAAAUGAUUUUUUUUUUAAAGUACAUACGACUACAUCAAGUAAGUAAAGAUCUCUUUUUCUCACGGAUGAUCCACCUUUUUAUCUCUCUCUUUCUUUAUCCCUCCUUAAUUUUACCGACAAUCUUCAUCUUUCUCUGUUUUGUAACGAGAAUACCACGAGAACUCUGAUAGCAAAGGAAAGAAAAUAAGAAAAAGUAAAAAUGAUGGUUAUUGAAGUAACUAAUAAACAUGUACGUAAUUUUUAACUGCAAUUAAAAUAUUAUAAAUUAUUUGCUAAAACUACGGAUAUCAUUUUUGUCUACGUAUUAUUAAAUAUCUUGUCUGUUAUCGAAACGUUAAAUUAUUUCUCUUAGGUUUGGAAUCGUAAGAGAACGAAAUAGCCGGUAUAUUGUACGAGUAAAAGUUGAAAUGAUACGGUGAAGAAAAAAUUUUUAGGUUGUUUGUAAUAUCUGCAUAAAGUUAUGAUACAAAUGGCUGUCGAAGUGUUUCUAAUAUGCAAUAAAAGUCCGCAAAAAUUGAUGAAGAAACAAUGCGAAAGUCUUAUCAAUUUUGGAGUAACUACUCAAGAUCAUUUCUGCUAUCAGAAAACUAUGUAGAAGUCGAUGAUGCAAAAAAAAAAAAUAUAUAUAUAUAUAGUUCGCUAUAGUAUUUAAGAAUAUUUAAUCUGACAACGAGUUUUACAAUCGUAAAAAUUGUUCGCAAGAAAAAUUAUUUUACACAGUUGGGUUUCGAAGUAUUCAACGUAUUAAAUUUAAUGAAUUGGAAAUUUCGAAAUUUCGUAUUGGCGAUGGUAAUCUCCAAUAUUACUUAUACAACUGGUGUUGUCCAAGUACGAUGCUUGAAUAUUCCAGUAGAUUUUUAAAUCAACAUGUUGACUGAAAUAUAAAACGAUUGUAAGCUUGCAUGAAUGAAAGAAAAGAAUGCAAGAGUGUGAGUGACGAGAAAGAAACAUGGCAAUAUGAGAUACGCACGUAAGAAUAUAAACGACGAAAAAGAAAAAAAAAAGAAAAAGAAAAAAGAGGAGGAGUGCGGAGCCUCUAAUAUUUCCGCGAUUACAAAGGAUAAAAAAAAAAGGCGAGCAAACGAACGUUAAAUAACAGCGGAAGAAGAGGGAGGGUUGAAUAAUUACGUGUGAAAAAUCUUUCGGGACUGUGAGUCGAUCUCUCAGUACUUUCGGAUAUCAUUCUUUCCUACGUCCUUGAUACUCGACAGGACGAGACAGGGACAGGGUCAAGAUCGGUACGGUGUAGAGAAAAUAUUGCAUGCACCAACGCGAGUGUAUAUACGUAUAUGUGCGUGAUUCGAGCAAUGUAGAUAAGUAUCGUAACGUUAGUAACUUAACCGAGCCACGCAAAGGAUGAGAACGUAAACAACUAGGGUGCGAUCUAACUUCUUCGAGAGAACUAUAUUUCCUUUGCACCUUCUUGGCAAGAUAGAUGAUAAUGAAUGUCAUGAUAAGAAUAUCAAUGUCAAGAUAAGAACGAAAAAAGAAAAAAAAAGAAAGAAAGAAAAGACUUACAAUAAAAUAAGUUUCAUCGGCGAAAUAUCCCUCUUUUCACCUUCUCCUUAUUUUCUUUCUUUAAUUAUUUAUUUUUUCUUUCUUUAUCUUUCAUCUUUCUUACGACACUCGAUCACAAAUGUAAAAGUUUGGACGUUAACACAUGAAAUAUAUGUAUUCUUUCAAAUUACACGUCCUUUUUCCGGGACUACGCUUGAUCGAUCGCACGACCACCGUGAAUUAUCCACCAACGAUAAGAUAGCGGUGAGAAGAUGAAAGAAUGAACAAAAGACGACAACUUUGAAAACGUCGACUGAACUCCGACAUUUAUUUGAGUGCGAUUGCUUAAUUUAAUUUAUUCUCCCUUCUUUCUUUUCUUCUUUUUCAAUUUCAUUUGGAAUCAAGGUUCGUUAUUAUCGUAAUAAAGGGAAGAAUACGAUUUAUGUUUCAUUAAUUCAAUGCGCCAUUAUUGCGACAAGUUGACAUUUUAUUUUUUCCUUUUAUAAAAAUUAACUCGUCUUCUAUAAUUGCUCAAUAGGCAGAUAUAAACACACACACACACAUACACGGAAAGAAAAAAACUGUAUAACUCACAGACACGCUCUCGCAGAGAGAAAUUUUUCUUUGUAACUGCCGCUCUAGAUAAAAACGCCCGUCUCGAAGAACUCCGACGGUCGACAUGCAAGGCCUUCUUCUCAAGAUAAAAGGAACGAAACUAUGUUUCUGUCACAAUUAGCUGGCUUAACAUUUGCAUUCUAUUUAGAUAGGAUGCUAGCAGGCACACCCUCUGACAAGUUCGUAGGCACAACAAAUGUUAGUCUACACCGAUAAUAAUCCACAUCCGUCGAUAAGUGUUUAUUGCCCGUGCCGUCGACAAAAAUAAAAGAAAGAAAAAGGGAAAAAGAAAAGAAAAUAGAAAAAUGUCUCGCCGCAAGCAAAUAAUAUCUUUAUAAAAUCUAAGAAACCGAUUGAUCAGAUCGUAGAAAUAUCGAGUAUUAUCCUAUCAUAAGAAUAGUCGUCGAAGUUUAAUUCAAUUAGGAGUAUGUCAAAAGCGCUAUUAUAAAGAGAUAAAACGUACAACAGACGAUACGAGAAUGUUUUUUACUUAUUGAAAUAUAGAGUCUAACAAGGUACGGAUUAUAAAUUUAAUUAUAGUAUAAAGUUCGUAACGUCCAUUAUCUACCGUCGUGUAUUUUGAAGUGACCGUCGUUAAAAAUUAUACGACGUUGGGGAUAUAAAAAAAAGGAAAAAAGAACAAAGAAAAUGUCGCUAUAACCGACAUAAAGAAUACGAACUACAUAGUUUAUGACUUCCUUGAACACUGUACUACAUGUAAUAAACGAAGAAAAAAUAUUUUUACUA